UGCCACGAGAUUUUACACCACAUGUUCUGAAAGUCAAGAUACCGGCUAACAGAAUAAAAUCUGACCAUGGAUCCUAAAAAAAUGGGAGAAGCUCUUGGCCGCAUGAAAGGCGGUGGAGGCAAAUUUGCAGGAGCUGGUUUAGGCCUCUUAGCGGCGGCUGGUGGCUUAUUUGGAAUUGCAAAUUCAUUUUACACUGUUGAUGGAGGUCAUAGGUCAAUCAUUUUUAGCAGAAUCGGUGGAGUACAGAAGACCAUAUAUCCAGAAGGAUUACACUUUAGAGUACCAUGGUUUCAUUAUCCUAUUAUAUAUGAUAUCAGAGCAAAGCCAAAGAAACUAACUUCACCAACAGGAAGUAAAGAUUUACAGAUGGUGAACAUUUCUUUAAGAGUUUUAUACAGACCAGAUCAGAAAUUUCUGCCAGAAAUCUAUAGACAACUGGGGUUGGACUAUGAUGAAAGAGUGUUGCCGUCAAUUUGUAAUGAAGUUUUAAAAUCAGUUGUAGCUAAAUUCAACGCUUCACAAUUAAUCACACAGCGUCAACAAGUCAGUUUAUUAAUCAGACGAGAACUUAAGGAGAGAGCACAAGACUUCUACAUGAUCUUAGAUGAUGUGUCCAUCACAGAAUUAAGUUUUGGGAAAGAAUACACAGCUGCAGUAGAAUCUAAACAGGUAGCACAACAAGAGGCUCAGAGAGCUCAGUUUGUGGUAGAGAAAGCCAAGCAAGAAAGACAACAGAAAGUUGUACAAGCCUCCGGAGAAGCUGAAGCUGCUAAACUUAUUGGUGAAGCCAUCUCAAUAAAUCCUGGAUACUUGAAGUUAAGAAAAAUCAGAGCAUCACAGGGUAUAUCUAGAACACUUGCCCAGUCACAGAACCGUGUGUACUUGACUGCAAACAACCUGAUGUUAAAUAUUACCGACAAAGACUUUGAUUCUAUGCUGGAACAGUAUAAAACAAAGAAAUAGUCUCUGAACUAUGUCGACCUUGUUAUUGUCUGAAUUGUGCUGGAUAUUAUUAUGUGUUUCGUAGGACUUGCCUACGACAGACAAACAACUUUCACAGAGAUAUAAGAACAAAUAAAUUCCUCUUUUUUUAAACUUUGUAUACUGACUUCACAAUGACAGUGAAAAUGGCCACCACUGGAUUUAUAUGAAACAAUUCUGUUUGGUUAUGAUUUAAAAAAGAGUUGUAAAUUUUUAAGUAGACUUCAAGAUUCCAAGGUUUCAAUAUAAAUGAAAAGGAGGGAUAUUUUGCACAUGCAAACUGGUUAGUGAUCCAUUUGGUUGGACAACAUUAUGAUGAAAAUUAAGAUACAAAUUUUGAAGAAGAAAAAACCAAAACAAAACCAACCAAUAAAUCUUGUGUUUUUUAAGUGGAUAUAUUUAUAGAUUUAUUAAAUCAAAAUUGUGGAAAAAAAA